GGCGCAUGCGCAGUUCCCUCAGAUGCGCAUUGUAGCCAAGCGAGACGUUAGCAGUUUACAAAUACGUGGCAUAAAACUUCAGACAUGGAAUUUGCCGCACUGUUCGCCGUAACUCUGUUACUGGGUGCACUGGUUAUUCUGGUUGCAUUGGCGCUGGGCAAACGGAAAGAAGAAAUAAGAGAAGAAAUAGAGCAGGCGUCGGAAUCUGCCGCUGUGGGCAGCGUUGCGAAGGGCCCUGCAUCCAAGAAACCAAAGCAGGACAAACAGCGAGCCCGCAAAGAGAAAGCUACACAGCACACCUUUAGUCAUCCGCUGUUGGCAGCCUCACUGAAGAGCCACAGCGCGAACGUGACGUGCCUGGAUUUCAGCAGUAACGGGAAGUACCUGGCGUCGUGCGCGGAAGACCGCACCGUCCGCAUCUGGAGCACCAAAGACUUCCUCGAUCGUGAACACAAGUGCCUGAGGGCCAACGUGGAGCUGGAUUCCGCCACACUGGUCCGCUUCAGCCCGGACUCCAGGGCGUUUAUCACUUGGUUGGCCAAUGGAGAUACCAUCCGAAUCUUCAAAAUGAUCAAAAAGGAGGACGGCACAUUAUCCUUCAAAGCGUCUUCUGAGGACUUCCCACAGAAACACAGAGCCCCCAUCCUCAACAUAGGCAUUGCAGAGACGGGCAAGUUCAUAAUGAGCGCCUCCACCGACACCAGCAUCCACAUCUGGGACCUGAAAGGAGACGUGCUGGCCUCGAUCAACACCAACCAGAUUACCAACUCUUACGCAUGCGUCUCCCCGUGUGGCAGGUUCGUAGCGUCCUGUGGAUUCACUCCCGACGUGAAGGUGUGGGAGGUUUGCUUCGGGAAGGGAGGAGAAUUCAAAGAGGUGGCGCGAGCGUUCGACCUGAAGGGGCACUCCGCGGGAGUUCACGCAUUUGCCUUCUCCAAUGACUCGAGCAGAAUGGUCACCGUCUCCAAAGACGGUACGUGGAAGCUGUGGGACACGGAUGUGGAGUACAAAAAGCAGCAGGACCCGUACCUCUUGAAGACCGUGCCCUGCACGUCGUCCGAGGGCAGCCGGGUGGCCCUGUCCCCCGACGGCCGGGUGGUGGCCAUCAGUGACGGCUGUAACGUGGCCAUGUACGGCGCCGGCAGCGGCCAGCUGGAGGAGGAGAUGCACGGCGUCCACAGCGAGAACAUCAACGACCUCCGAUUUGACAUUACCGGGCGCUUGUUAGCGUGCAGCGGCGACAAGGCCAUCCGAGUGUUUCACAACGCCCCGGGCUACCGGGCGGCCAUCAGAGACAUGAAGGACAUGCUGAAGAAGGCCCAGAACGAGGCCAUGAAGCAGAGGCUGCAGCAGCAGAUAAGUGAGGCUCAGAGAUCCCUGGACAAUGUGCAGGCUGCUCAGGUCGAAUAGAAGAGACCCAACUAAGGACUCUGAUGGUGUCUGACUGACUGCUGAUCCAUUUUGCAGACUCAACUCUGCUGCUCAAUGAUCUGUUCCGGGAAUAAUGAAAUUUUGCAUGCUAUUUUAAUAAAGAAGAUCUUUUUAUGAAGAAAU